CGGCAGCCGACAGGUGUUGGCCUCAGUCGUUGUAAGGACACGCAGGACUGCAGCGCCUCAACUCAAUUUCGGUUUAUACUUUUCUCUGGCUUAAUUAAGUUUUGCUGCGUUGGACAAGAAGCUGCAGGCAAUGUGGUACUAACGUUGCAAAUAUGAGAAGCAUACCGCUACGUGUUGCAUUAGCCGUGCUGCUGCUGGGCCUGGCCACGGCCAAUGCGCCCUCCUCAGCCUGGCAGCGUGCGCUCUUUGGACGCAAUUCGCGCAAUUUGUUGAACAAGCCACCAGCAGCAGCAGCAGUUGCUGGCGCCGCCGAUGUGGAUGGCACAUACGAUAUGAUUAACAGCAAUUUCAAUGCGGCAGUUUACCCUAAUGACUAUGGGCAACUGUUUGCACCAUAUGAUCAACAACAGCAGCUACAGCAAGCGCAAAAACAGGCAGCCACAAUGCCGCUAGCCGCGCCGCUGCGUCAGCAGCAGACCGAAGUAUACGGCAUAGUGGAGCCGCUGAUUGAGGAUACGCCCUGCGCCAAUCGCGCCUGCUACCAAAACGAUGAUUGCUGCCCCACUGGCGUCUGUGUCAACACUUAUGGCGAGGGCAAAUGCGUCUACGUUUUCGGACGGCAGCGUGAUCUCUGCCUGCGCCAUGCGGACUGCGCCACUGGCAGCGCCUGCAUGCUGGCCGCCCAGGAGGGCAUCUGGCGCUGCGAGGCGGAGGCGCCCUUGCUGCAGGAUGUGUUCAGUCUACGUGCCAAGCAGCCCCUCGGUGGCGAGUGCGCCAGCAGCAGCGAAUGCCAAGUCAUCAACGGCAUGUGUUGCCAGCAGCAGCGUUUGCAUCAUCGUGGCGGCAACAAGUUGAGCUGCGGCUACUUUCGUGAUGCCUUCGAUUGCGUAGACGUAUCGCUGGAGCGCUUGGCAAACAAAUUUCAGCAACAUGGCCACUGAGCAAUUAAAUUUGAAGACAACACACGCAGCAAGCGGCAACGAUUUAAAAAUAUACAAAUAAACUAUAUUUAACCCAUGCAUAUCAAAUGCUUAACAAAUACAUAUCAAACUAAAUGUUGAUACUUAAUAAAUUUAUUAAUCACUUGUUUCUUGUAGCGGCAAAAACCAUAACAAAAAAAAAACAAAAAAAAUUAUAAAAAUUACUGACUGAGGCAUUCAAUGUUAUUACAGCAAGAAAAUUAAAGUAUUAAUAACAAGUUUUAUUCUAGCUCAUUCCGAUUCUAAGUGUUAGAAAUCAAUUUUAUUAAUAAACAUAUAAGCAUAUCUAUGGUCGUAACUGUAACUUUGCGUUUGCAUUCGCGUCAAGUCAAGUCCAGUCACCACAAAUAUAUUCUAUGUACUUAAUUAAGUGAUAACCUAUGUAAAUGUAAAUGUCAAACUAAUGUAAAGCAACAAAAACAAAAAUAAAUAAACAAACCUAAGGCACGCUUAAAGUGCAAAGGGCUCACAACGCCCACAAAA